AUGAACUUCUACUCUGUCAUCCUCCUCGCUGUUCUGGCUGUUGCCGCUUUGGCCGCCCCACAACGAGUCAUUGAGAAGACCACCAUCAUCCGUAAUGGCGGACCAGGAUUCGGUGGACGUCCAGGAUUCGGAGGACCAGGAUUCAACAGAGGACCAUCAUUCGGUGGACCAGGAUUCAACAGAGGACCAGGAUUCGGAGGAUCAGUCCGUGGACCAACUGUCAUCAAGCAAACCAUCAUCCGUCCAGGAAAGUAA